UCCUGCGGCGCUCGCAAUGGCCGCCGGCAGCCGGCCAGGCGCAGGCUGCGUGCGGUGGGCGGGGCCUAUUGCGGAGAUGGGCGUGGUUAAUGCCAGAGGGGGCGGGGUCUGCUGUGGUGGAAUGUGGCGGCGGCGACGCGGGCGGCGGCGGCCCAGGUGCUGAUCCCCGGCUGCUCCCCGCUCCUGACACCCAGCGCUGGCAGCGGCGGGGCGGCUCCCGCUGCAGCGGCCCCGCAGCCAUGUCCACCUUCCGCCAGGAGAGCGUGGAGGACUUCUAUGAGAUGGGGGAGGAGCUGGGCAGCGGGCAGUUCGCCAUCGUCAGGAAGUGCCGGGAGAGGAAGACGGGCCUGGAGUACGCGGCCAAGUUCAUCAAGAAGCGGCGGCUGUCGUCCAGCCGCCGGGGCGUGAGCCGCGAGGAGAUCGAGCGCGAGGUGGACAUCCUGCGCGAGAUCCAGCACCCCAACAUCAUCACCCUGCACGACAUCUUCGAGAACAAGACCGACGUGGUGCUCAUCCUGGAGCUGGUGUCCGGAGGGGAGCUCUUCGAUUUCCUGGCCGAGAAGGAGUCCCUGACGGAGGAGGAGGCCACGCAGUUCCUCAAGCAGAUCCUGGACGGGGUGCACUACCUGCACUCCAAGCGCAUCGCCCACUUCGACUUGAAGCCAGAGAACAUCAUGCUGCUGGACAAGAACGUGCCAAACCCUCGCAUCAAACUCAUCGACUUUGGGAUCGCCCACAAGAUCGAGGCUGGGAAUGAGUUCAAGAAUAUCUUUGGGACCCCAGAGUUUGUAGCCCCAGAAAUUGUGAACUACGAGCCCCUGGGGCUGGAGGCUGACAUGUGGAGCAUCGGGGUCAUCACCUACAUCCUGCUGAGCGGAGCCUCCCCGUUCCUGGGGGAGACAAAGCAGGAGACACUGACCAACAUCUCUGCUGUCAACUACGACUUCGAUGAGGAGUAUUUCAGCAACACCAGCGAGCUGGCCAAGGACUUCAUCCGCCGCCUGCUCGUCAAGGACCCCAAGAAGCGAAUGACCAUCGCCCAGAGCCUGGAGCACCCUUGGAUUAAGGUGAUCAAGAGGAGGAACGUCCGCAACGAGGACAGCUGCAAGAAGCCCGAGCGGCGCCGGCUGAAGACCACGCGCCUGAAGGAGUACACCAUCAAAUCCCACUCCAGCAUGCCCCCCAACAACACCUACAUCAACUUCGAGCGCUUCUCCAAGGUCAUGGAGGAGGUGGCUGCGGCCGAGGAGAGCCUCCGAGAGCUGGAGAGGAACAAGAAGUCCUUCCAGGAGGACAUCGAGGCGCUGCUGUCCAUCUACGAGGAGAAGGAGUCGUGGUACAAAGAGGAGAACGAGAGCAUCAGCCAGGACCUGCGGCAGAUCCGGCAGGAGCUGCAGAAGACGGAGGCGCUGAAGAAGCAGGCGCAGGAGGAGGCCAGGAGCGUGGUGCAGGCUGCCAACGGGCUCAAGCGGCGCUACCGCAAGCUGGAGAACCACUACGAGGCCCUGGCCAAGCAGGUGGCCUCGGAGAUGAAGUUUGUGCAGGAGCUGGUGUGGUCCAUCGAGCGGGAGAAGCUGCAGAGCAGCGAGGGCGACGGCAGCAUCCGCUAACCCGGCCGGCCCGGGGGCUCCGCUGCUGCCGGUGCCCUGCUCGCCCCCGGGCAGUGCCCCCAGCCUGCCCCUGUGCCUCCCUGGAGCCCCCACUCGGGGGGCUGGGGCUGUGCCACCCCGGGGCUCGGCUUCCCGCGUGCAGCUCCUGCCUGGCUCGUGUCCCCGCGCUCCCCGUCACCGCUGCCGUGCUCCGGGACGUUUGUCCCCCCCUGUCACCCGUGUCCCCGAGCUGCCCCUGUGCCCCCUGUGGGGGGUUGGUGGGCACAGCUCCCCUCUACACUGCAGCAGCAGCCACGCGUGGGCUGGGACCAAGGAGUGAUCCCUGUGUGGCCUCACACUCUGCAGCCCCCCGGAGGCCCCUGCACCCCACACUGCCCCCGGGUGCUGCACCCCGUGUCCCCCUGGCCCAGCCCUGGCUCCCCCUUUUCCCAGAAUAAAAGUUUCUGUCUAGUGGGGUGGCUGCCUCAGCUCCUGCCGUGGCGGGACAGGGCUUGGGAGGGAGAUGAGGAUGUGCCCCACUGUGCUCCUCUCCCAGAAGGAUUUAAUUUGCGUGGAAAAAUGUUUUAUUUUUCCUUAUGAGACCCAGUGCUGGUGGAUGAGCUCUCUGUGGGCAUGGAGGGAGGUCAGGGGUGGUUUGUGGGGUGUUCCCAGGCUGGGGGAGCCCCCGGCUCCUCUUGCCUGAGAUCCCUCACUGCUGGGGACAGGGGGAGCCAGGUCCCAAAGCGCCACAUUCCAGAGAACACCAGAGCAGGGAGCACGUUUCCCCUGGGAGCACCGCGGGCUCUCCGACUGCCUGUGGCCCCCUGGAGCCAAGACCCAGCAGAAUUUGAUCCGGGGGAAUCACCAGCCAAAUGCCAGGGCAUGGCAGGCGUGCCCCUGGCUGCCCAGGGCGGGUUCAGCUCCAGGCCCAGGGGAUUUGCUCCGUUUGGGAUUUAUUUGUCACUCUUCUGUGGCUCCCUGGGGAUCAGGGGGGCUGUGCCCCGUGUCCCUGUCCCUGCUGACGUUCCAGCAGGUGUAGGUUUCACCCCCAUGCAUGGGACACGUGUGGCUGUGAGAAUUUGAUCUGCCCUGGUGUUCCCUGCCAAGGGAGGUGGCGUGACUGGGGCUGUCCCAGUGUCCAGCACGGGCUCUGGCCACGUGAGGGGACACCUGGGGGCCCGGAGCCCUCAGGGUGCCCCAUCCCAGCUCUGUGGGUGGAUCUGGUGCAGCCCCAGCUCAGCUGGCACAGGCAGUGGGUGAAAGGAUGUAUGGAAAUCCUAUAGGCCCGGCUGUUCCCAAAGGUCACAUAGUGAGAAACCUUUCCUGGAUUCUCCUCCUGCCGAGGGUUUGGGUUUCACGCUCCCAAAAGGCUCUUGGAAGUCACUGGUCAUUCACCCCAGCCUCAGAGCAGCAGGGGAUCUCACGUGGAUGCACGAAAUGCCACCAAAGGAGCUCUAAAAAAGCAGAAUUUGGGGUGUGAUUGAUGAUUUCAUGAGUCUCCUAAUCCUGAAGCUGUAGGAACUCGUGUUGGGAGGAAGGGCUGUGCUGCCCGGGGGUUCCAGUGCUCUGAGGUCAGCAGGAUGUUCUGCUCCAGCCCCUCUUGCCCGUGACAAGAGACACCAAAAUGCCUUUUUUAGGCUCCCAUUUCUGCUUCCCAGAGUUUGGCAGGAGGGGGGAGCCAGGGCUUUUCCCUUAUAAGUCUUCCCAAACCCCAGAGGCUUCUGCACAGCUUCAACCAAGCCGUGCAGGCACAGGGAAACGCCAGGGCUGCACCCUGGGAGCUGCUGUUCCUGCCAGAGCUGGGCUGGGGGCAGUGCUCCCCAGGGUGACGGCUCACAGCAGGGUGGCCCUGCCAUCAGAGAGGGCUGGGUGUCCCCAGAGCUCUUCCUGGCCAUGGCAUCCCUGCCCAGCACAACUGGGGAAUCAUCAGCACAAGGAGAUGGAUCUGGCUCCCCUCAGGCUGCUGCAAGCCCCCCCUCGGUGGGUUUUUGGGUGACUCCUCAUUUACUAAAAUUAAAUUAAUUAAUUAAAAGCAGCUGCUUUUCCAGAGCAGUUUCUAAUUCAGGCCCCAAAAUCUUGGGAUAGAACCCCCCCAGCCAAAUUAUUUCAGUGCCUGAGAGCUGCCAGUGCUCAUGCCCAGGUUUUGGAUGGGCAGCACUCAGGGAUGGCACUGCUCUCAGGCUGAAAUUUGGAUGCAGUUUCAGCUUUAAUGCCUGAAAUGGUUCCUAAGGAAGCAGAGUUCUCAUUUCUCAUUCCCUGAGAAAUCCCCCCAGUUCACCCCAUGGAUCUGAAUUCACAAACUGAGCCUGUGGGAGCACCCAGAGCCAAGCAGUGCCACGUGGAGGGAGCUUCGAGGCCCCCCAGGGCUGCAGUUCCAAACACCCAGCACAAAGAGGCUGCUGUUGCUUUUGGAUGAGCUUCAUACCCAUUUUUAUUGCAAUAAAGCUGAGUGAUGGAUUACAUCAGGACCUCAGAAGGAGACUGAAGUGGAUUUUUACUGAGUUGGUGAUGUUACCAACAAGCCUUGCACAAAAAGCCUUUCUGUCUGCAGGAGCUCUCUGGUUUUCCCAGCACAGCUCUACUUGCUCUGCUAUAAAAAUGCUGUUUCCAGCUUCUCUGUAAGCCAGUGGAAUAUAAAAUAAUUAAAAAAUAAACCCCACCGAGGCGAUCCUGUCCACGUGGUGGGAAUAAGUUAUCCUCAGUUUUCAAUUAUAUACAGAAGGGACUUGCCAAAGGGCAGUGGGAGAGGAGUUCACACCAAUUCCCACUCCCACUCCCAAGUAUUAUUUACAUCGCGCUGUACACGGAUCUCUGGGAUCCUCCCAGACCCUGGAAAGGAAAAAAGGUUAAAAGGAUGAGCUCCAAGCUGUUGCCAGCACAAUCCCUCUCCUUCCACCCUCUGGAGAUUAGUUACCUAUCAGCAAUUUAGGAGCUUGUUGUGGAUAUCUUCAAAGACUUGGUUGUAGAGGUCGUCCCUGGACUUGAGGCCAUCUAAAUAAACUGGGAGAGAAAAGGGGGAGUCAGGCUGGGCUUCCCAGCACAAUAAGAUUUUGGGAGAUUAGUUUUAAAGUAUUUCAUUUUUUAUUGACCCAAAGGACAACUUGUUUUUCUAUUGGAAAAACAGAACCAUCCUGAAAAUACAAUGGCCUGUGAAAUCCUUGUCCAUUAUAAAUCCUUUCUUUUUAUUUUGAA